GUAUGGUCACUAUUCUUUGGAGAUCUUCCGCGCUUCUCGCCUGGUAGUUGACACAGGUCUACACGCCCUCGGCUGGACCCGUCAGGAGGCCGUCGACUACCUGAUUAACCACACAGCCAUGACUACUGUAAAAGUGGAGAAUGAGGUGGACCGGUACAUUACUAUGCCGGGCCAGGCGCUGGCUUACAAGGUGGGGCAACUCAAGCUAAUGGACUUGAGGUACAAGGCCGCCAGUGUAUUAGGCGACGAGUUUGACAUUAAGAAGUUCCAUGAUGUUGUACUGGACUCUGUCGGACCUCUGGACCUGGUGGAGGACGAGGUCAACGCUUGGGUUAAUGCUGGAGGAAAGAAACUUGAUGUGGUGAGAGUAAUACAAUGUAUAAAGUUAUGGUCUUGUUAAUAUUACAUCAUCCAUAAUCUGAAGUAAAUAAAAUGUGAUCAUC